UGCACAACUAGUCCUCCUCUCUCUCGAAAGUGUCUCUCAUCUCUCUCAAAAGCUAGGGUUUUCAAAAUUCGUUAUCAGACAAUCUCUUCUCAGGGGUUUGAAUUUUGGAUAUGUUUGAAACGCUCUUCAAAUUGGAUUGAAAAUUUGGUAUUGCUGAAAUUUAGGCCGGGUAAAGAGAUUUUAAAGAUUUCGUUUUGGAAAAUGACUUCAUGGGCAGACGCUGUUGAGACUGGAUCUUCUGAUAACUCUGGCACCAGUGCUGGGAACAAAGGUGCAUCUGCUUCCACCAAGCCAACCUACGUUCCACCUCAUCUUCGGAACAGGCCUCCAGCCUCGGAGCCUCCUGCUUCAUCACUUAGUGGCCCACCAUCUGGUAGUGAUAGGUCCAAGUAUGGCAUACCCACAAGUGGGUCUCGAUGGGGUGAUCCAAGGUCUGACCAUGGACGUCAGGGACAUGGUGGAGGCCGUAGCAGUGGCGGCUGGGGUGGAAGAAGUGGCUGGGGUGUCAGGGAACGGGAGGUGAAUCCUUUUGGUGAUGAUGAUGUGGAUACUGAUGCGGAACGUGCAUUUGAGGAGCAGGAGAAUUCAGGUAUAAACUUUGAUGCCUACGAGGAUAUCCCUGUGGAGACCAGUGGGGAUAAUGUGCCUCUGCCCGUGAAUGCAUUUGCUGAGAUAGAUUUGGGUGAAGCACUGAAUUUGAAUAUUCGGAGGUGUAAGUAUGUCAAGCCAACUCCUGUUCAGCGAUAUGCAAUACCCAUUUCUCUAGCAGGAAGAGACUUGAUGGCUUGUGCUCAGACGGGAUCUGGUAAGACAGCUGCCUUUUGCUUCCCAGUUAUUAGUGGAAUUAUGCGAGGCCAUUUUCCACAAAGACCACGAGGAGUGCGGACUGUUUUUCCACUUGCUCUUAUUCUUUCACCUACAAGAGAACUCUCAAUGCAGAUACAUGAUGAAGCUAGAAAGUUUUCUUAUCAAACUGGUGUCAGAGUAGUGGUGGCUUAUGGAGGGGCGCCAAUAAAUCAGCAGCUGCGUGAACUGGAGAGAGGAGUUGAUAUUCUGGUGGCAACUCCUGGUCGAUUGGUUGAUUUGCUUGAGAGAGCCAAAGUUUCAUUACAGAUGAUUAGAUAUUUGGCUCUUGAUGAAGCAGAUCGAAUGCUGGAUAUGGGUUUUGAGCCUCAAAUCAGAAAGAUAGUGGAACAAAUGGAUAUGCCUCCUCGUGGUGAAAGACAGACAAUGCUGUUUAGUGCCACCUUUCCAAAAGAGAUACAGAGAUUGGCAUCUGAUUUUCUUUCCAAUUAUAUAUUUUUGACCGUUGGACGGGUUGGUUCAAGUACAGACUUAAUUGUCCAAAGAGUUGAAUUUGUUUACGAGAAUGACAAGAGAAGCUAUUUGAUGGAUCUUCUUCAUGCGCAGAAGGCCGACGGAAUUCAUGGAAAGCAAUCUCUUACUUUAGUGUUUGUGGAAACAAAGAAAGGAGCUGAUUCAUUGGAACAUUGGUUGUAUGGUAAUGGUUUUCCUGCUACAACAAUCCAUGGUGAUCGAACACAACAAGAAAGAGAACUAGCAUUGAGAUCAUUUAAGAGUGGAAACACACCGAUUUUGGUUGCGACAGAUGUAGCAGCUCGUGGUCUAGAUAUUCCUCACGUUGCUCAUGUGAUCAACUUUGACCUCCCCAAUGACAUCGAUGAUUAUGUACACAGAAUUGGACGUACAGGUCGUGCUGGUAAAACAGGACUGGCCACGGCUUUCUUCAAUGAGAGUAAUUUAUCACUAGCAAAGCCACUAGCUGAUCUGAUGCAGGAAGCCAAUCAGGAGGUACCUGAUUGGCUGAUUCGCUAUGCAAGUCGAGCUCCAUAUGGAGGUAAAAAUAGGCGUGGCGGUGGGCGUUUUGGUGGUCGUGAUUUUAGAAGAGAUAACUCAUAUAAUCGGAGCGGAGGCGGCUCAGAUUAUUAUGGUGGUGGUGGUGGUGGAGGUGGUGGAAAUUAUGGCAAUUAUGGUGGUGGGGGAUAUGGUUCUGGAAUGACCAGUGCUUGGGAUUAGUGUUUCACAGGAUUGCUUAAACUUAUUUUGUUACUCAGUAUAUAUGUUUUUCACCCGAAUCUGAGAAUUAUGAUGUUUUUGACAAUUCAAAAAUGUGGUAGAUUACUUUUUCGAGUUACUUGAAAAUGCUUGCCCGGGUAACGCCGAGCUGCAUAGUCAAAGAAACCUCCGUCGUAUUUUUUCUGAUCGACUUCCUAAACUGUGGACGUAGGAGUUUGUGAUCUGUUGGGUCCAUUUGGCCUUCCCUUCAGCUGUACCCCCACCAAAAUGCUAACAUUUCAUUAUAUGAAUUAUUGUUGAUGAACAAAUAGGAAGACGAUUUUAAUCGUGCCCGUA